AUGCUCAUGUACACAGACAGCAGCCCAGACGACAAGAUGCAAUUCAGCAGUCGGCGAUCGACAGUGCACUCCCGCCGGGGUCUAGUGAGUACAUCGCAGCCACUAGCGAGUCAAGCGGGGGUGAAGGUGCUCGAUCUGGGCGGAAAUGCGGUAGAUGCAGCUGUAGCCGUUGCAGCCGCCCUCAACGUGACUGAGCCAAGCUCGACAGGCAUUGGCGGGGACAUGUUCCUUCUCUACUACGCAGCGAGCGAGCGACGAGUGUACGGCUUGAAUGGCUCUGGCCAUUCUCCAGCCGCGCUCACCCGCGACAAGGUCCAUUCUCUCCGUCUGCACAACGAUGCAGGCACCCUCCCAUUCGACUCGAUUCACUCUGUCACAACGCCAGGCGCGGCUGCCGGGUGGUGCGACGCUGUGGAGGCGUUCGGGUCCCACACCCUCACUCUCCACCAGAUACUCGAUCCUGCGAUCCGCCUUGCGCGUCAUGGGUACCCCGUCCACGAGCUUACGGCGGCGCAGUGGCGCCAGGCCGAGGAGCAACUCCAGCGCGCUUCUCCAAAUGCCCACGAGAUGCUCCUCGACGGACGUGCGCCGCGUGAGGGCGAGAUCAUGUAUAUGCCCAACCUCGCGCGCACAUUCGAAGAGCUCGCACAGCACGGCAAAGACGGUUUCUACAGGGGGAGAGUAGCGGACGAGAUCGUGGGGCUCGUGGCGAGUCGCGGUGGGCUGCUCUCGCACUCCGAUCUCGCCGCACACCGCAGCGAGUUCGUCGAGCCGCUGACAUACACGUAUGCGGGCGAGUAUGUGGUGCACGAAUGCCCACCUAAUGGCCAAGGAGUAACUGCGUUGAUAGCGCUGGGUAUACUUGAGUCAUGCGAGCGUCUCGGCCUCCUGUCAGCUCCGCUGCUUUCUCUCCCCCACAACGGCACAGAGUACCUCCAUUUCCUCAUCGAGAGUCUCCGGCUGGCGUUCGCAGACUCGAAGCGAUACACGUGCGACCCCACCUUCUCCACUCACAACACCUCCACUCCCACUCCACCCUUCGAUUACACCAAGCUACUCGCGCCCGACUAUCUGGAUGCUCGCGCCAGGUUGAUUCACCCGCACAAAGUGAGCAGCGUGCAGCACGGGGCACCAGAGCACUCCUCAGACACUGUUUAUUUCACCGUCGCUGAUGAACACGGCAACGUCGCCUCCUUCAUUAACUCCAACUACGCAGGUUUUGGCACGGGUGCUGUGCCCCGUGGAUGCGGUUUCACCCUCCAGAACCGCGGCGCGGGUUUUGUGUUAGAGAAGGGACAUCCAAACGAGCUCGAUGGGGGGAAGCGUCCUUACCACACUAUUAUACCGGCUAUAUGCACGCUUAAGAGCACCAACGAUAUCUUUCUCAGCUGGUCCGUUAUGGGUGGCUUCAAUCAGCCACAAGGUCAAUUGCAGACUUUCUUGAACAUCCUUAGAGGCCUUUCGCCUCAGGAGGCUGUCGAUAAGGAAAGGUUCUGCAUCGGCGCUAUCAAGCAGGCUAGAACUCCUAAUCCCCCUGUCCCGCUCAAGCAAUCCGCACUGCAGGGUCAGAUGCACGAUUCAGAUAUCAACACAGAAGUUAAUAUGGAGGAAGGCGUCGAUGAGAUAAUCUUGGAAGAACUGAAAAGAAUGGGUCACGAUGUGACUAUUGCGAGGAAAAUGCAGAGACAGGUCUGUGGCCGUGGUCAGAUCAUUCAGAAGACUGCACACAAUGUCUGGUCAGCUGGCAGCGAUAUGCGCGCAGAUGGUUGCGCUAUGCCGCAAGUCUGA